CGCACACACAAAAUCUCAUCAACACACACAACCCAAGCAACACGCCCCCUCCAUUCCACCCAACACUCGCCCGGCACACACAGCGCACACACGCGCAACACCCGCCCUUACCCUCACACACCGGGCCUCAUCUCCGGCUACCUCCCUCCGACUAUCCGCCGCUCUUUCACCCACUCGCGCUCACACUUCACCUGCUGAAUUACGAAAGCUUGAAAAAGACGACCAGAGGCGAUCUCCUCUUCUGCUUUCUAAGCGUCUAUCUACAGACUCAAUCUUGAGACUCACAUAAGUUCCCUGGCCGCGACUUGAAACAUCACACCUGCUGCCAACAUGCGGAUAGCGACACGCCUCCUUUCACAGGCCCUCUUAUUCCUCUUCUGCCUCACCAGCAGUACCUUCGCCCUUGGCCCCGAAAGACAACUCUCGACGAGUGCCUUGCAAACAUGCAUGGACAACUCGGGCCUCUCUGCGACCGAAUUUAACGUCGUCUUCACACCAAACAACAAUACCCUCUCCUUCAGUAUCACUGCUAAAAGUAUCAUCUCCGGAAACGUCGUCGUCUACCUCGAAGUCUAUGCGUACGGUCUACGAGUUGUUCAACGCACCAUCGAUCCUUGCGAAAGCGAUAUCGAUCAGCUCUGUCCCGUUGAAGCCGGAAACAUCAACCCUAGUGGCAAUGUCAAGGUGGGUAGUGAUGUGAUUGGCCAAAUCCCAGGCAUUGCCUUCACCGUGCCUGAUGUGGAUGCGUGGGUCAAGGUUGUCAUUAAUGACACGGCAACAGGCAAGCAAGUCGCUUGUCUUCGUGCCGAUAUCACAAAUGGCCGCUCUGUGGACGUCGAAGCUGUUGCUUGGGUAACGGCUGGUAUUGCCGCUAUUGCACUCCUCGUUUCGAUUAUUGUGAGUGGUCUCUCGCAUCCAAAUGCAGCCGCUCACGUCGCUACCAAUGCCGUUGCACUUUUGCUCUAUUUCCAAGGUCAAGCCAUUGUUGGCACACUUGCAGUCACGUACCCGCCCAUUGUCCGCAGUUGGACUCAAAACUUUGCUUGGUCACUUGGUAUCAUCAAUGUGGGUUGGAUGCAGGAUAUCUUUACCUGGUACAUCAAGUCUUCUGGCGGCUCACCAUCCACGUUCCUCAACAGCGGCAAAUUGUUGACCAUUGUGCUGUCGAAGCGGGAUGUCAUUAUGGACUCGCUCAUGAGCAGAGAUGUCGGUUCGUCGCUUGCUAAGCGUGCUGUUGCAAAAGACCCAUCUGCCAACGUCGACGUGCUUUCUGGUAUUGAUCGACUUGCUUAUGUCGCCGGCAUCGAAGACACCAAUCUCUUCAUUACAGGUAUUUCCUGGUACAUGAUCCUCAUUGGUGUGGCUGUUCUUGCACUACUGCUGUUCAAGGGUAUCAUCACGUUAUUGACACGCAAGGGCAAGCUCUCGCAAGACAAGUUUAUCGAGUUUCGUCAAGGCUGGAAGAUUGUCCUGAAGGGGAUGAUUUUCAGACUCGUCCUCGUCUCCUACCCGGCCGUCACACUCUUGUGUGUUUGGGAACUGACUGUUCGUCAUUCUGCUGGUUGUGUCGUGUUGGCCAUUGCCAUUCUCGUGGUCAUGUCUGGAUUACUGGGUUAUGCUGCGUUUCGCGUUGUUCGCCUUGCACGACGAUCUCUCGAGUUGCACAAGAAUGCAGCGUAUAUCCUCUUCAGUGACCCAAAGCAGCUCUCACGAUGGGGAUUCCUGUAUGUGCAGUUCCGCGCUGCUGUGUAUUGGUUUGUGAUUCCCUUGCUCGCUUAUCUCUUGCUCAAGGGUAUCAUUGCCGGUGCAGGCCAAGGAUCACAAUACUUCCAGGCAGGUGCGCUCCUUGCCAUUGAAGUCAUCUACUUCUUGAUGGUCGUCAUCAUCAAGCCUUUUAUGGAUAAACGAACCAACAUCUUCAAUUACGCCAUUGUCAGUGUCAAUGCUCUCAACGCCAUCAUCAUCCUCUUCCUGACGGAUGUCUUUAAGCUCAAGGGUAUCGUUCGCGGCGCUAUGGGUGUCAUCUUCUUUGUCCUCAACGCCAUCUUUGCAACCAUCUUGCUGAUUAUGAUCAUCUGCUCCUGCUGCUAUGCGCUCUUUGCAAAGAACCCAGAUAUCCGUUACCAGCGCAUGAAGGACGAACGCAACAGCUACCUCAAAUCCAAAAUCAACCUCGACAGCACCACCGAACUCGACCAUAUCCCCUCUGAAUCCUCCAGGUCCGGUAGUGCUGGUCGUAAGGAGAUGUUUAGCGAGAGCGAUAUCGUGGAUGAGUACAGCAAGGAAAUGUCGAGUCAUACGACUUUUGCAGGAUCCAGUAGUUCUUUGGUGAAACCAGGAAUGCUCAAUACGAGUUUCAUGCCAGCCUCACCGAGUGGUGAGCAUGAAGCAUUGUUUGCACCCACACGCGGCGUUGCAGAUCACGAUAAUGCCUCUUACCACAGCAACCAUUCUGGACAAAAUCUGGCAUACGCCCGCUACAACCCCGCGAGUCCUGUGGUUCGUACGCAUUCUCCGGGGAUUGUGGGACAAGGGUACUAUGGAUCUCCUGUCUCAGCGGACGGUCGCCGUUCACCUGCUGUGCAAAACUUUUCAACACGUUCACCGAGUGGUGCUGGACAACCCUUUGUUCGGGCAGCCAUGCCGACGCAUCAAUCUGCUGGAUUAGCGGCGUUGCAACAAGGUGGUGGUAGUGGUGGUUUGCGAGAGCCAAGUUUACCAUUUGCUGCACCGACUGCUAGGCGUGGGUCUGCUUCGAAUAAUGAUGAAGACCGAUGGCGUGUGGGUGUUGGCUAUCACUAGUCAGGUUGGUAUGUGCUCUGUUUUCCCAUCUUCUCUUUGCGGCAUGUAUCUCUCGUAUGCUGCGUAUCAUAGUCGCGUCGUGUCUCAAUCCAAAUGCAAUGUUGUUCCAUCUAUCUCUGCCUCAACCAUCCUAUACUGUCAUAGUCACC